GGCUUUCCUGCGGGGCCUGCCGCGUUUCUUCCUGACGGGGCGCGACGGCCAGCUGCCGAAGCCGCGGUCCCUGCUACUGCGCCCGUACCGCUGAGAGGCAGCGGGGACGGUGCUUGGACUAAAGGCCUGCACCACUAUGCCUGGCCAUUAAGUCUCCUCAGAGCCCUGUCCCAGCGAGCAGCUGAAGUGCCAGGAGCCCAAGGUCCAAGAACAGCUGUGACGAUGUCUAAUGAACCACCCCCUCCUUACCCUGGGGGCCCCACAGCUCCCCUACUGGAGGAGAAAAGUGGAGCCCCAUCUACCCCAGGUCGCACCUCCCCAGCGGUGAUGCAGCCCCCACCAGGCAUGCCACUGCCUCCUGCUGACAUUGGCCCCCCACCCUAUGAACCACCUGGCCACACAAUGCCCCAGCCUGGCUUUGUGCCCCCUCAUAUGAGUGCAGAUGGCACCUACAUGCCUCCAGGUUUCUACCCUCCUCCAGGCCCUCACCCACCCAUGGGCUACUAUCCAGCAGGACCCUACCCGCCAGGGCCCUACCCUGGCCCUGGAGGCCACACAGCAACAGUCUUGGUGCCAUCGGGGGCUGCCACCACAGUAACCGUACUGCAGGGAGAGAUCUUUGAAGGUGCGCCUGUGCAGACAGUGUGCCCCCACUGCCAGCAGGCCAUCACCACCAAGAUCUCCUACGAGAUAGGCCUGAUGAACUUUGUGCUGGGUUUCUUCUGCUGCUUCAUGGGGUGUGAUCUGGGUUGCUGUUUGAUCCCCUGCCUCAUCAAUGACUUCAAGGAUGUGACGCACACAUGCCCCAGCUGCAAGGCCUACAUCUAUACGUACAAGCGCUUGUGCUGACGGACCCAGACUCGGACUCCUCCACCUGUCAGUUUGGCCCCCUGUGCUUUGCUCCCCGUGCUCAGUGGUUGCUUCCCCCACACACCCUCCUCCCUCUACUUGGGGCUGGAAGAUGUGCCACUGUUCCCUGGAAAGUUCAGUCCUGCCCUCACCUUGCCUUACCCCGAGUAUCUGACUCUUCCAGCAAAACUUCUGUUGGAUAUAAGGCCAAGGACCAGGGGAUGGCCCUGAGCUUCUGUUGUGGAUUUGCUUGUGUGCAAUCCAGAAAAUGGAAAGGGUCUUCUAUUGGGGUCCUCAUUCCUCCAUGUCUGUCCAAGGUCCAGGCUCAGCUCAGUUCCUGGCUUUCCCUGGGACCAAAAGCAGCCAAGAGCAGUAACAGUUCCUGGGGGUGGGGGGUGCUGAACCUGAACCAGUUGUUUAUGACCUGCUGGGUCAAGCAAGGUGUUGUGCCAGGAUCUAAGCAGGACAGGGUCUUAGAGCCUGGGUUUGUUGUGGGGUAUGUUGCCUCUGAGGUGCCAAAGGCAGGGCAAUACAGAAGUAAUGACUGCCAGUCUUGGCCCUCAGAACUCUCAGGUAUGGAAACCCAGACUUCUACUCCCUGUCCAGGUACCCAAGAGCUGCCUGGUAUAAGAUGGACAUGCCAGCUCUUACCUAGCUUCCUGUGAGUUUGUGUGCACACCUUUCUGGCCACACCUCUGUGAAUCCCUGUUAUUUUCUUGGGCCAGAAUGAACACCCAAUGAGCCUAACCUGUCCUGUCCUACCCCAUGUCCUCACUGUGUGAGUGCAACCUCUGGUGGCUUUCUGGAUCCCAGAUGGCAUACUGAUGGUUGUAGGUUCACUGGAUCUCUAGGGUGCUCUCUCUGUAUUGGUCUCUUUGAAGUAAAUGCUGGAUCCUUUGCCUCAACUGACUUGGCUGCCAUGCCCAAUUUCACAUCGGGGUGUUCCAUCAAGGACAGCUGGGGACCAGGAAGAAACCAGGCGGGGACAUGAGUCCUUAACAAGAGUGCAAACUCAAACCUAUUUGCUGACUGGUUUGUGAACAUGCCUGUGUGGACGCUGUAUCCUGCUACUGUCCUGGAAACGCACUCCCACUGCAUGGCCUCCUGUCACUGUGAACUGUGGCCUGCUCUUGGUUUGUAGUUUCAUUAAAUUGGCCCUUUCACUCCA